AUGAUUAUAACGGAGACUCCCAAGCCCAAGGUGGCUUUCAUCACAGGAAUUACUGGUCAAGAUGGCUCGUACCUGACAGAGAUCCUGUUGGAGAAGGGCUAUGAAGUCCAUGGCCUUGUCCGGCCAUCUUCUCAGAGACGGCAAGCCCUGAAUCACCCGUUACGCAACGGAGUGACGCUUCACUUUGGAGACAUGACGGACUCGGGAACACUACUUCAAAUCUUGGGCAGCAUUAACGUUGACGAAGUCUAUCACCUCGCUGCCCAGUCUCAUGUCGGUGUCUCAUUCGAGACUCCGCUGCUAACAUGUGAUAUCAACGCUUUGGGAUCACUUCGAUUGCUCGAAGCGUUGAGAAUCCUCGGCCUUCAGAAGAAAGUCAGGUUUUACAGCGCGGUUACCUCGGAGCUGUUCGGAAAUGAUGCCCCGGCGCCGCAGACGGAGGCUACACCAUUUCAUCCAGUCUCUCCAUACGCGAUAUCUAAGCAAUUCCAGUUCAGCAUUACCGCUAAUUUCCGAGAGGCAUACGGGUUUCAUGCGUCGAAUGGUAUCCUCUUUAACCACGAGUCUCCACGACGUGGUACGACCUUUGUUACACGCAAAAUUACUUCGCAAGUGGCAUUGAUUGCCUGCGGGAAGUCAGAAGGCUUCGAGCUUGGCAACCUCAGUGCUACAAGAGACUGGGGUCACGCCAGAGACUACAUGGAAGGAGUCCAUCUGAUACUGCAACAGCCAAAGGGCGAAGACUACAUUUUAGCUACUGGCCAAGCAUGCAGCGUGAGGCAAUUCGUCGAAGCCGCGUUCAGCGUCAUCGGCACCAAGAUUGAGUGGUCUGGAACAGGCAUAUCCGAAGUCGGCAUCGAGUCAGCCACUGGCAAAGUCCGCGUUAGGGUGAACCCCAAGUUCUAUCGACCUGUCGAGAACCACGACCUUUUGGGCUCCGCUGCCAAGGCGAAAAAGGUGCUCGGAUGGGAGCCAAAAUACACGCUUGACAGUCUCGUGGAAGAGAUGGUUCUUUCAGACAUUGAGCUUGUCAAGAACGGCAAGAUCUUUUCAAACACAAACCUAGAUUGGCUUGUGGAUGAAUCAACCAACACUGCGGAUUCUGAGAAUACCAAUGGCAAUGGAGUUCACCAUCGCCGUGGAUCAAAGCACGCAGUGGACUCUGGAAAGAUUAAUGGCAAUGGAGUUCAUAAUGGCCAUAACGGACUAGACUAUGGUGACAAAGGGAACGCUUUGACUAGCGGAGCUAAAAGACUAAAAGCCACAGCUUGA